AUGCCAACGGCGGCGGCCAUGAUCGGCGGCCUCGCCAGCUACGCCGCCUCCCUCGGCCAGAACAUGAUGGAUGGGCACCAUCAGCUCGCUAUGAUGCAGCAACAGCAGCAUCAGAACCACGGCCAGCAGCAGCAGCAGCAGCACCCGCCGCAAGCAGCCACGAGUGAGAGCGAUGCACGCGGCCCACGCCACGACGAGCUGCUGAUGGAGAGCAAGUCUGGCAGCGACAACAUGGUGGGAGGUGCCGGGUCAGGCUCCGGUGGUGAGGAGCUGCAGGAGGAUCUCAGCCUGCAGCCAGCCCGCAAGAAGCGCUACCACCGACAUACCCAGCACCAGAUCCAGGAGCUUGAAGCGUUCUUCAAGGAGUACCCGCACCCUGACGACAAGCAGAGAAAGGAGUUGAGCCGGGAGCUGGGACUGGAGCCUCUCCAGGUCAAAUUUUGGUUCCAGAACAAGCGUACCCAGAUGAAGACGCAGCAGGAGCGGCAUGAGAACAUGCAGCUGCGUGCAGAGAACGAGAAGCUGCGUGCUGAGAACGCGAGAUACAAAGACGCGCUCGCCAAUGCCUCGUGCCCAAACUGCGGUGGCCCAGCCACAGCCGUCAUUGGUGAGAUGUCCUUCGAUGAGCACCAUCUACGCAUUGAGAACGCACGCCUCCGCGACGAGGUCGACCGCAUCUCCACCAUCGCUGCCAAGUACGUUGGCAAGCCUGCAGGUAGCCUGCUGCCCAACUUGUCAAAUAUCUCCUCGGCCUCAAUGGCGCCAUACCCACCACCGCCACCACUUUCCUCCCACCACCUCCUGCCCGGCGGAACAGACAUAUUUGGUGACCUUCAUCUUCAUGGUGCCGCUGCUGGGUUAGACAAAGGGUUGGUGGUUGAGCUCGCCGUGGCCGCGAUGGAGGAGCUGGUGCGGAUGGCCCAGCUCGGUGAGCCGCUCUGGACCCCUGCCCUUGUCAUAGACAGUGCUACCAUUGAGACUCUCAAUGAGGAAGAGUAUGCCCGCGGGUUCCCCAGGGGCGUUGGUCCGAAGUUGCCGGGGCUCCGAUCAGAAGCAUCGCGGGAGACCGUCGUGGUCAUCAUGAACCACGUCAACCUCAUCGAGAUACUCAUGGAUGUGAACCAGUGGUCGACGCUGUUCUCAAGCAUUGUGUCACGGGCUGCAACCCUCGAGGUGCUCUCCACCGGCAUUGCCGGCAACUACAAUGGCGCGCUGCAGCUGAUGACGGCUGAGUUCCAGAUGCCGUCACCGCUGGUGCCAACACGUGAAAGCCAGUUCUUGCGCUACUGCAAGCAGCACACAAAUGGCAGCUGGGCGGUGGUGGAUGUGUCCAUUGAGGGCCUGCGUGCCAGCGGACAGGCGGGUGCGCGUGGUCGACGCCGCCCCUCAGGCUGCCUGAUCCAGGAGAUGCCAAACGGCUACUCCAGGGUGACGUGGGUGGAGCACGUGGAGGCGGACGACGUGAUGGUGCACGACCUGUACCGUCCCCUGGUAUGCUCUGGGCUGGCAUUCGGCGCACAGCGGUGGGCAGCGGCCCUGGAGCGGCAAUGUGAGCGCCUUGCCAGUGCCAUGGCUAGUGGCGUCCCGGCAGGGCCUUCCAGUGGCGGAGAUGCUAUAGGUGUGGUGACAUCAGCGGAGGGACGCCGGAGCAUGCUCCGGCUGGCAGAGCGGAUGGUCGCAAGCUUCUGCGGUGGUGUGACUGCAUCGACGACGCACCAGUGGACUAAGCUGUCAGGCAGCGGCGCAGAGGAUGUGCGCGUGAUGACGCGCAAGAGCGUGGACGACCCCGGCCGCCCGCCCGGCAUCAUCCUGAAUGCUGCCACCUCCUUCUGGCUUCCUGUGCCACCGGCGCGUGUCUUCGGCUUCCUCCGGGACGACGCCACCCGCAGCGAGUGGGACAUUCUCUCCAACGGCGGAGACGUGCAGGAGAUGGCUCAUAUUGCCAACGGCCGUGACCACGGCAACGCGGUCUCGCUCCUCCGUGUCAACAACGCCAACUCGAACCAGAGCAACAUGCUAAUCCUGCAGGAGUGCUGCACAGAUGCAACGGGGUCGUACGUGAUCUACGCGCCGGUGGACGUGGUGGCCAUGAACGUUGUGCUCAACGGCGGUGACCCGGACUACGUGGCGCUUCUGCCAUCAGGGUUCGCCAUCCUCCCUGACGGGCCUGGUGCAUGUGGUGCGCCACCAGGGUUUUCUGUCCUCCCCAACGGGCCUGGUAGUGCAGGUGGUGGCGGUGGCGGGUCGCUCCUCACCGUGGCAUUCCAGAUCCUGGUCGACUCAGUGCCCACCGCCAAGCUGUCCUUGGGCUCCGUCGCCACUGUCAACAGCCUCAUCGCCUGCACCGUCGAGCGCAUCAAGGCUGCUGUCGCAGCCGACAACGCCGCCGGCGGGGGCGCCGUCCCCCAGUGA